UCCAGAUUACAAGUGGAAAAAUGGAUCUGGAAUGUUUAACCUCGACUGAAAAUCAGACAGAAUUUUCCACAAUUUUAAUUCCUAGUUUUCCACUUUUCUCCAUAAUUUUGAAAAUUGUGAUUCCCUCCUUAAUUUUUCUACUGUUCUGGCACUACUACCAAUGUCAUUUUACAUCAGUGGCGAAGAAAAUUAAUAGAUUUCCUGGCGUGCCCUACAUCCCAUUUAUCGGGUCUUUCGCCGCCGUGCGAACACUGCUGGAUGGAAGAUAUAUUCUUGACCCAAAAACAACACCAUUUAACGUUUCGGACGGAAUCUCCCGCAUGUGGGGAGGCCAUCUACCCUAUCUACUCAUCAAAGAUGCAGAGAUAGUGCAGACGAACUGUGGAAAACGAAACGGAAAUAUUUGAACCCUGGCCUGAGCAAGGUAAUGAAUGCGGAUUUUCUCCAAGUGUUUCACCACCAACUGAAAUAUCUAAUGGCCGUCCUGGAGGAAAAAUGCGUCACUGGCGAGGAAUUCCAUAUCGACGGAAUGUUUGGCAAAUUUACGACGGGGGCGGGUUUCACGACAAUUUUGGAUUGGCCCGUACCAAUUAAUAUUUUCGAUAAAAAGUCCCUUCCCGGUUUCUAUGAGGCGUUUCAGACGGCCGCGCACUUGGCUGGUCAUCCAGUGGUAAAUCUUUGGUUUUCUUUCCGUCCGCUCUGGCAUUUGGCUGGAUACGAGAAAAAAAUGCGACUAGCCUUCGCCACAAUGAGGAAGUAUCUUAACCAAGAGUUGCUCCAAGAGAAGAUGGCACAUUGGAAGGAAUACGAAAAAAAUGGCGUAAUUCAAGAAAGGAUGAAGUGCAUGAACAUCCUCUACACCAAAUGUACUGAUCCGGACGAAAUCUUCCAUCAAAUUUUGAACAUUUUAGCCGCCGCCGUAGAUUCCACGGAUUUUGUGCUAUGCGAAGCGUUCAUAUUUCUCGCACAGAAUCCCGACAUUCAAAAGAAGGCGUAUGAAGAGGCGCGACGUGUCAUCGGAGACAACUAUGACGUGGUCAUGAGGUCCGAGGAUGUCUCCAGGUUGACCUACAUUGCGAUGGUGUUGAAAGAAACGAUGCGGAUUAUUCCCCCCGUUCCCGCCCUGGUUAGGAAAGUCAUGGAAGAAAUGGAUGUCGGAAAUGGCCUCGUAAUUCCGAAAAAUACUAACGUUUUCAUUCCACUCUUAACGGUUCAUCACGAUCCGAAAGUUUACCCGAAACCGGGUGAAUUCAUCCCGGAGAGAUUUCUUCCGGAAAAUGUGCUUAAUCGGCAUCGUUAUUCCUACCUCCCGUUCAGUGCUGGGGAACGCAUUUGUAUCGGUGAAAAAUACGUCAUGCCCCAGAUGAAGUUUGUCGUAGCGAAGAUCUUGUACAAGUACGAAAUUUUAACCAAAAUGAAAAAGCCCCUAGAAAAGACGGAAGUCCAGUACAUGCCAUUCUCAAAAUACAAGGACGGUUUAAGCAUCCAACUGAAACGACGGCUCGCAUAAUUUAAAUAUGAUAGUUCAUGACGCAAUAUUUUAAACUAGGAGACAAAAUUAUUGUAACGAACCAUGCGAAAAAAAUGCAGAUACAUAAUUGGGAAUGGAACACAAUAAAUCCUCUCUCGCGUCCUAUGCUAACUUAUUACGACAUAAA